GCUGCUGCGAAGGGACGCGCUUUUCCUCGCUUUUCCUACUUUCCGACUCGCGCUGUGUUUGCGGUUUGCGUUGCCCGACAGACCACAUCCUCGUGCGCAUGUACACGGAGGACGAAAUCCUUACCAACGUAGAAAGUAAUCUAAGCAUGAAUCACAACGACGCCGCCGCGUCCUACGACGAUGUAACGCGUCAGCGGAAGGACGACCGAAGCAGCCAGCAGGUAGCCUUCCGCCAUUUUAAUAAUUUUGUCAAGAAAUCGCUCAUUCAGUUUGCAUUGGACCGCCUCGCCACUUCUGGAGCGACAGAAGGGGGCGGUGCUGCGGUGCUGGACAUCGCAAGUGGGCGCGGCGGUGACGUGGGCAAGUGGGUUUACUCACAGAGUCGUGUGCGGGGCCCGGGACAAACCGCAGCAGCAUCGGCUCUGAAGACUGUUACCUACGAUUGCUAUGAUGUUUCUCCCGAAUGCAUUCAUGAGGCAGAGCGGCGCUUUACAGAGCUUGUGAACGGGUCAGACAAGCCGCUGACCUGCGACGCUUCCUUCUCCGUUGCCGACUGCUUCGCGGACAGUUUCCUCCAGCAAACCUUGCCGUCCUCGCCGCUGUUUGGUCACUACCACGUCGUCACCAUUCAAUUUGCCUUUCACUACGCUUGCCAAAGUUCGGUACUUAUUCGCGAUGUUCUGUCCGCGGUGUCAAACGCGCUGGUGCCGGGUGGCGUCGUCCUGAUUACGACCGUGGAUGCCGAGGUGCUGUCGCAGCGCGCCGCUGACGGUAAGCUGGGCAACGAACUGUACGAGGUCACCUUUCCUGAGCCGCCGACCUUUGACGUCACGACCAACGGAACAAAGCAGCUCGUUCCUUGCACCAAGUAUCACUUCCACCUCGAAGGCUUUGUGGACUGUGCCGAGUACGUGGUGUGCAUGGAGAUGGUCACCCGGAUUGCUAGAGAGGUCGGCUUGAACGUCAGCGAAGCAAUGACGAAGCCUUUCUCCCAAUUUGUGCACGAGUACGCGUCCAACUGGAAACUGAACAAGGGCAACAAGAUGAGCCCGUCGGAGUACGAACUCGUGACGCUGUACCGCUCGAUCUGCUUUGAAAAGCAACGCGCAUGA